AUGGCAAAGACGGCGGCGAUCGGGAUCGACUUGGGGACGACGUACUCGUGUGUGGGUGUGUUUCAGCAUGGUAAGGUCGAGAUCAUAGCGAAUGACCAGGGCAAUCGGACAACGCCAUCAUACGUCGCGUUCACAGACACAGAGCGCCUGAUAGGAGACGCGGCGAAGAAUCAGGUCGCUAUGAAUCCCUCGAAUACAGUCUUUGACGCCAAGAGACUCAUUGGGCGGCGCUUUGAAGACGCGUCGGUUCAGUCAGAUAUGAAGCACUGGCCCUUCGAUGUCGUGUCGAAUGCUGUGGUGACAGUUCCGGCCUAUUUCAACGACAGUCAGCGUCAGGCGACCAAAGACGCCGGAACUAUCAGUGGUCUCAAUGUCCUGAGGAUUAUCAAUGAGCCGACGGCGGCCGCCAUUGCGUACGGACUCGACAAGAAGGGUCAGGGAGAGCGCAAUGUCCUCAUCUUCGACUUGGGCGGCGGUACGUUCGACGUGUCGAUCCUCACCAUCGAAGACGGCAUCUUCGAAGUGAAGUCGACGGCCGGAGACACCCAUUUGGGAGGCGAGGACUUCGACAACCGAAUGGUCAACCAUUUCGUACAGGAGUUCAAACGCAAGCACAAGAAGGAUCUGGCGGUGAAUAAGCGAGCGCUGCGUCGGCUGAGGACGUCCUGCGAGCGCGCGAAGAGGACGCUCUCGUCCUCCACUCAGGCGUCCAUCGAAAUCGACUCACUCUUCGAGGGCAUCGACUUCUACUCGACGGUCACGAGAGCGCGCUUCGAAGAGCUGAACGCAGACCUGUUUCGCUCGACUCUGGAUCCGGUGGAGAAGUCGUUGAGGGACGCCAAGCUCGACAAGGCUCAGGUGCACGACAUCGUACUGGUCGGGGGGUCGACACGGAUUCCCAAAAUCCAGAAACUGCUUCAGGACUUCUUCAACGGCAAGGAACUGAACAAAAGCAUUAAUCCGGACGAAGCCGUCGCAUACGGGGCCGCAGUUCAGGCGGCGAUCCUGAACGGCGACAAGAGUGAGGCCGUGCAGGACCUCCUACUACUCGACGUGACCCCUCUGUCGCUGGGCAUCGAGACUGCGGGCGGAGUGAUGACCACUCUUAUCAAACGCAACACAACGAUACCGACCCGUCAGACGCAGACAUUCACGACGUAUUCAGACAAUCAGCCGGGAGUUCUGAUUCAGGUGUAUGAGGGCGAGCGAGCCAUGACUAAAGACAACAACCUUUUGGGCAAAUUCGAGUUGACUGGCAUUCCUCCGGCGCCCAGAGGUGUGCCUCAGAUUGAGGUGACCUUCGAUAUCGACGCGAACGGUAUUCUCAAUGUGUCGGCCGUUGACAAGAGUACCGGCAAAGAGAAUAAGAUAACGAUUACUAACGAUAAGGGAAGGCUUUCCAAAGAGGAGAUCGAAAGGAUGGUUAAAGAGGCGGACGCCUAUAAGGAAGAGGACGACAAGCAGAAGGACCGCAUCGGCGCCAAGAAUGCGCUCGAGUCGUACGCAUUCAACAUCAAGUCGACCGUCGAGGACGACAAAGUGAAGGAUAAGAUCCCCGAAGAGGACCGCAAGAAGAUUCUCGACAAAGUGAAUGAUGUCAUCAAAUGGUUGGACACGAAUCAGUUGGCAGAGAAGGAGGAGUUCGAGCACAAGCAGAAGGAAAUGGAAGGCGUGUGCAAUCCCAUCAUCACUAAGCUCUACCAGAGCGCCGGCGGUGCCCCCGGAGGUGCCGCAGGCUUUCCGGGCGGCUUCCCCGGCGCGGGCGGUGCUCCUCCCGGAGGUGCCGGCGCUGCGCCCGGAGGCGGCUCUGGCGGCGGGCCCACCAUCGAAGAGGUCGACUAA